CUCAGGAUUGCCGAAAUCCUUGCUCGCUGUUAUCUACGACAACCGCAAGACUAAUUCACGACGCAACAUGGCGGAUUCAUCGGUUACUGACCCCUCGGUCGCUGCUGAGCUCAAGAAGAAGAGAACCUUCCGCACGUUCUCCUACCGCGGAGUUGAUCUCGACAAGCUCCUUGAUAUGAACAAUGAGGAGUUCGUUGAACUCGUUCACGCACGUGCCCGCCGUCGGUUCGGUCGUGGCCUCAAGCGCCGCCCCAUGGGUUUGAUUAAGAAAUUGCGCAAAGCUAAGAAGGAAGCUCCCCCGAAUGAAAAGCCUGCAGUCGUCAAGACCCACCUCCGUAACAUGAUCAUCGUCCCUGAGAUGAUUGGCAGCGUUGUUGGUAUCUACAACGGCAAGGUAUUCAACUCCGUCGAGAUCAAGCCUGAGAUGACAGGCCACUACCUCGCUGAAUUCUCGUGUUCGUACCGGCCCGUCAAGCACGGUCGUCCUGGUAUCGGCGCCACACACUCGUCUCGUUUCAUUCCUCUGAAGUAAGGCACUGGGUUCUUAUAUCUUUCGCAUGUCCCUCCACUAGCUUUACUACUUCAAAAUAUAUGCGUAUGCCUAUAUGCCAUACGAAACACAUGUUGGUGUCACACUUUGUAAUGGUCGGACGCAAGGGCACCAUCGUCUGCAUGCAAGAGUCGAGCAUCAUUGGCCCCGCGGGGCCGAACAAAUGAAUGAAAGGUACAAGAUAAUGUUUCGGUUGGUUAAAUU